CAUUGUUUGAUUGAGACGUAUAGGAGACGACGAAGGAGGAAGCAUCAUGGACGUUUCGCCAGACCGCUUCCACCUACAUACGGCAAUUGCCGAUACGCUGCGACAACGUAGUGAUGGGACUGCACCGCCGGAUCCUAGGAUUGCACAUCGCGUCGUUAUCAAGUCGAGAGUCAACUUCAGCCUUACAGCACCCGUUCACGCGCAACAGCUCACGGCCGAGUUCUACGGCUUAAUCAAACUGAAUGCACGACAGGAGACUGGAAUGGGGGUUUUGUCGGAUGUUCAUCGAGAGAAGAUAUCACAUCUGAGAUGGGUGCUCUGGCGAUCUACUCCGACGAAUCCUGUCCUGAUUGCUGGGCACCCGUACGUGUUCGACAUGCUGGAGGACUUGCCGCCUGCGUCACCACGUACAAUCGAGACGGGGUCGGGUAGUAUCAAGUAUUUCUUGAAAGUGAGUCUGGAAGGUGUGACCAAACUGGGGAGGAUGUCGGAUCCAAUGACGUGGCUUGAGGUCAUCAAUCCUAUGUCAGUGGGUUCACUAUCAGCACCACGGAAUCCACUCCAGUUCGGAGUACUCCCGCCGAUGGAUGGGCAUAGUAUACUCCCACUGGGAAGCAGCCGUUGGGAAAUCGACGUCAAAUACCCUCUACAUGCCUACAAAGGCCCCGGCUGCGUCUUCCCCGUCAAACUAACCCUAAAGCUCAAGACCGACGCAGACAUGAAAGGCGACGCCCCGGACAUCACCCACACCACCGUCUCCCUACUCCAAACAGUCUCCUACCUCGUCAACCGCAUCCCCUAUGUCUUCGACACCUACGCCGUUGCCACCGCCGAACUCCCCCCCUUCGCAGUCUCCACGACCACAACGAAACCAAUCCUCGCACAACUUCCGAUCCCGGAUCAUCGCGUCCAUGGCCGUGUUACGCAGGGUGUGCAUGUUAGAGUCACGCAUUCGUUGAGGAUUGAGGUUGCGAGGAGUGGGUGGUUAAAGAAGAAGGUGGUGAGGGAGUUGGGAGUGAAGGUGUUUCAGAGGAGUAUUGGAGAGGAGUUGUUGGAGUUGCCGGGGUAUAUGACGCCGGAGUAUAAUUCGGAGGAGACGGGAUCCCGAGCUUCAUCGGUUAACUCUGUCCCUAUCCUAUCGAAACGGGAGGAGGCGGAGAGGGAGAGUCGGAUGCAGUCUCCCGCAUCCACCGCUCCGCCCUCUCGUUCGCACUCCCUUGAACGCAAUGGUCAUGGUUUCGGGUCACGCACGAUGUCGCCCACGGAAGGAGAUGGCACAGGAAGGGGAAGACCCGCUGGACGGGCCCCGCCGAGUCGAAGGAGUUCGUUGAGGAGUAUUAGCUCGUAUGUCUCCGAACAAGAGGAGGAGCGCGCUAUUGAGGAGAACGGUCCGCCGCCGACUUUCGAGGAGGCCACGGAGAGGUCGGAGGAGGAGUUGAUGGUUUGGUUGGUGUAAGAUAUUUUCAAAGAUUGUUGAAGUCGAAAGUUUAGGGAGAAGGGAGAGGGAAGAUAUGGAGUGUACGAUAUCGAGGUCUUGUGCGUUCGUUUGGAGUGCACGUAUUUAUACAUGAGCGUGGGGAUAUAACGGGGUCAUAGGGUUAAGAUCGGGGCAUACUGGAGCAGUCCGUUUGGCU